CUUACCCGGCGAAAACUCGAAAGGUACGCCAAGACCUGGAUGCCAACAACACUUUACUUUCUUGGUUUGCAACACCAGUUCCCGGUCAACUUUCUUUCUCCCUUCACCACUUAAAUCGCUGGUAUUUGGUAGUCUGGUUUUGCCAUCUCAAUUGACUUAUUAACUACUAAAUACUACAAGUGGUCACUUUCAACUCUCACCCUUGAGCUCCUCCUUUAUUUCCCUUCUUCCCUUUGACGUACUUUCUCCUCUAACCUUUUUUUUUCACCUUCUCGCUUUUUUUUUUUUCUUUGGAAAAAAAUAAAAAAUGGUUUCCAAACCUACUCGCAUCCAACCGGACUUGCCCACUAUUUUCGAACAUGUUCGUAAAGCAAGGGCCGCAGAUUCUGCCACCUCUCCGAAUAUAUACCCAGUGUUUGCACAAAUCCCUGCCGAAUUCCUAAAUCCCUCUAGUGCCUACCUUAAGUUGAGCGCCAAGAGCAGCAGUAAAUUAUCAUUCUUGUUCGAGAGCGCUUCUAGCAGAGAGACAAUUGGGCGCUUUAGUUUCUUGGGGUGCGAUCCGAGGGAGGUAUUUAAGACAGGAACCGGCCACGGUCCCGAAGUUGACCCCCUUGCCCAACUCGAGAAGGAGUUGGCUACGCACCGUGUUGGCAAGGUUCCUGGAUUAAAUCUUCCGUCAAUGUCGGGCGGAGCUGUUGGGUAUGUGGCAUACGAUUGUGUUAAAUAUUUCGAACCACGGACUGCCAGGCCCUUGAAGGAUGUUGUUGGGACUCCAGAGUCGCUUUUUAUGCUGUAUGACACUCUGGUGGCGUUCGACCAUUUCUACAUGACCAUCAAGAUUAUUACGCACAUUCGUAUACCGGAAGGCGACCUAUCAGAGGAGGAGUUGGGGGAAUUAUACGGGAAAGCUCGGGUCACUGUGUCGGAGGUUAUCGAAACCUUACAGUCGGCGGAUAUUCCGCUUCCUCCUCAGCCACCGAUUCGGAAGAAUCAACAGUAUACAUCUAAUAUUGGACAGGAAGGCUACGAAGGGCAUGUGCGCAAGCUGAAGGAGCAUAUUGUGAAGGGAGACAUCAUCCAGGCUGUUCCGUCGCAGAGAUUUUCGAGACCAACUUCGCUUCACCCAUUUAACAUCUACCGGCAUUUGCGCACUGUUAAUCCUUCUCCAUAUCUUUUCUAUAUGGAUUGCAAGGAUUUUCAAUUAGUUGGUGCGUCUCCAGAAUUACUGGUAAAAUCGGAGAAUGGGCGAAUCAUUACCCAUCCUAUAGCGGGCACGGUUAAGCGUGGGAGAACCCGUGAGGAGGAUGAUGAGCUCGCCUCUGAAUUGGCCAAUUCUCUUAAAGACAGAGCUGAGCAUGUCAUGCUUGUUGACUUGGCAAGAAACGACAUCAACCGCGUCUGCGAUCCUCUCACAACUACUGUCGAUAGAUUAAUGACUGUGGAGAGAUUCUCCCACGUCAUGCAUUUAGUCUCGCAGGUUUCGGGGGUCCUCAGGAAGGGAAUGACGAGGUUUGAUGCCUUUAGAAGUAUCUUCCCAGCGGGCACUGUCUCUGGCGCCCCCAAGGAACGCCGUGGUGUCUACGGUGGUGCUGUUGGAUACUGGGGAUACGAGAAUGAUAGUAUGGAUACGUGUAUUGCUUUGAGAACUAUGAUGGUUAAGGGUGGUGUAGCCUACCUCCAAGCGGGUGGAGGAAUUGUUCACGAUUCCGAUCCCUAUGACGAGUGGAUGGAAACUAUGAACAAGCUCGGCGCAAACAUGCAUUGUAUCACCAGCGCUGAAGAGAAGUAUGCAAGCAUGGAAGCAGAGGAUGAGGACUCUGGGUCGGAUGUGAACAAAGGCUAUCACCCCAAUGCAAAUUCUAACGUCCACCUAGGCGAUGGCUCUUAA